CUUUUCUCUAAUAUAUAAUUUUUCUUCCUUCCUUCCUUCCUUCUUCUUUUUCAUCAUCAUCUUCUGAUCUCCCUGUUUUCUGUUGCUAAUACUUAAGAAAAUGGGGAGUAGGAAGAAAUUAAAGGAUGAUGAACGAAUGGAGAGGACAAUUCGGGCUCUUCUCAAACUUCCCGAGAAUAAAAGAUGCAUCAACUGCAAUAUUUUGGGUCCCCAAUAUGUUUGUACCAUUUUCUUGACUUUUGUUUGCACCAACUGUAGUGGAAUACAUCGGGAAUUCACUCAUCGAGUCAAAUCGAUAUCAUUGGGUAAAUUUAGUGAAGAUGAAGUGAGUGCUCUUCAAGCAGCAGGAAAUGAGCGGGCAAGACAAAUUUACUUCAAAGCAUGGGAUCCUCAACUCCAUUCUUUUCCUGAUGGCAGUAAUCUUAAAAGGCUCCGAGAAUUCAUCAGGGAGGUCUAUGUGGAAAGGAAAUACACUGGAGAGAGGACUAACAUUCUUCCAAGUGGACACAGGGUGGACACCUCUGAAAGCAGGAAGGCCAGUGUGUUUAGUGGUAGAUCUAGAGGCCCACUUUAUGAAGAUAGACAUCAAUGGAGUUCUAAUGAAGGAUCUAGUCCUGCUGGAAGAAGUGGAGCUAGGAUUUUCUAUUUGGAGGCAAGAAGUGCUCGAUAUGCCGAAGAAAAUUCAAGAUAUGGAAGUUCACGUAGAAAUCCUUUGCACAUCGAGAUUGUUGAUAACAGGCUCAAAUCUGAGGGUUCUAGAAGUGCCAGGCGACACAAUGACAGCUUUUCACGUAGAGAACCUGUGACACGAAGCCAAUCAUUUAGCCACCAAGUAGAUAGGUCUGGCUCUCCAGUGGUACGCCCGGUGAGAGAUAUCUUGGGGGAGAAUGCUCCUGCCUUACAGGUAGGUGAACAUUCAAAUGCAAAUGCUGGAAGUGAUCCUGAUGAUUCCGCUAUAAGGCAGAAGAAUGCAUCAUCUGGUGGCAAGGAAAGUUUGAUCGAUUUCAGUAUGGAUUCUAAGCCAUCUAAUGCUGUGGCUGAACCGAAUGUGCAGCAAGUGCCUCCAUCAAGUGAUGGUUGUAGCCAGUCCUCAGACGACCUUUCUUCAAUGGGAAAAGCACCUCCUGCCUCUAAUGCUAAUUCUUUUGAGGCUUUACUCUUUGAUCUGUCAGUUUCAUCUUCAGCAGUUGCUAAUGUCUCGGCAGCACCAGGCAUCAUAUGUGCUCAAUCAACUGCAUCUGGACAGAACAUUUCAUUAGAUGGUGUUUCUGCAGCAGCACCUGCAGAAACGAUUUUGACAUUGACAAGGUCCAAUGCGGGCCCUCUUCAAGUCACAACUGAUAUUAAUUGUGACUACGAAGUCAAAGCUCCUGAAGGGCAUGGGUUUCCCUGCAUGCAACAACAUCAGCCUUCUCUGUUCCCUGCUUCUGAUAAUAACUUUCCUGCACAUCGAAAUUCUAAAGUAGUUGAAGCACUGAAUAGCCAGCCUGUUACUUCAUUCCUGAUGCAUAAUGCUCAACAAUUCACCAACGUACCUACUGUACAGUCAUCUACAGAAACGAGAUAUGAAGUCGGAGUGCAGCCUGUUUCUGCGGAAACAAUGUCUAGCGGAAGAAAGGAACUUCCACAGGAUCUCUUUAUGGCAAGCUAUGGAUCAGCCCCUGCAGCAGUCCCUUGUUGGCAAAAUGGCCUACCACAUGGAAUGGGAUUUGGAUUGCAGUAUUAUCCUAAUGCAAUGCAGACAGCAGCAUUUCCAAGUACUGCAAAAACAAAUCCAUUUGAGAGUGAUACGAUUCCAGCGCAAGUCCCAGCAUUUCCUUCAAUGGUAUCUUUGCUAGGAGCCCUUCCUAGUGCCCAAGAUCCGAAUUCCUUGUCUCACGAUGCCUAUUCUUCAGGAAUGGCAUCUCAUUCAUCAUAUAUUGCAUCAUCUCCGAGGACUCCAGAGUUAUCUUUCACAUCAGCUAUGCCUUCUAGUGCAUGCAUGGGAGAUCAAUCACACAUUGGUGUGCUACCUUCCAGACAGCAGGAAAUUGGCAGCUUCGACGGUAAUAACUUCAUUUUCAGCUUCUCAAAUAUAACUCAGAGACCUAUGGGUGGACACUCGGCAUGUAAUCCUCCAAAAUCUCUUCCUACAAUGGGAACAAAUCCAUUCGGAUAAAGGAAUAAAUGGAGCCUUCCCAGAGCAAAACUCACUCCUUUUCUUUUUGAUGAAAAAUCGAAACGUUAUACAGAAUCAAGGAUGAUCCGGAAGAAGCAUGAAAUUGACCAUCUGGACCAAGAUACAUUCACAAGACAGUAGAAUCCUUUCUGCAUGUUUCUCAUUGCCAUUACUUCUUGUCUUUCCUCCUGCUUGGUUUGAUUCCCCUAUUUUGUCCUUCUCUUUAGGUGAUCAUAUACUUAUGCAAAUUUUCAUCUGCUUUAAUGUAAUCACCAUUUUGUAUGCAUAUACAAUUAUUGCAAUCCAAUAAGCAAUCAUUGCUACAUCCCCGUA